ACAUCUGGAGCAGCACAGCUGUCCCACAGCCAAACCCUCCUGCUCACAGCACCUCUGCAGUGCUCCAAGGGCAGCCAGGGGCCAAGCACAGCAGUACCAAAGCAACAAACAGCUGGACUUUUCCUUUCACACCACCAGAUCAGCAAUGGAAGCUCUGGCAGGUUCUGGACAAACUGUACCAGAAGAUUUCCUUGUGUUGGGAAGAGACUCUUCCCAAGUUUUAACUCAAUUUGGCUAUUUUAGUUUACAGCCUGACCAAAGCUCUGAUUUGCACAGAGGAUGCAAGGAGGCACCUGCUCACCACCCAGCUGCAGGGGAAUCCCCAAGCCCAGCAUUCCCAACAGUCUUUGGGAAACAAAUCCCAAAUCCAGAGCCAGGCCAUAGGUGCAAGGCUUUGUUAACAUAUCUCCCGACAAGUGCUUCGCAGUUAGACAUUGUAGGAAAUUACUCAGAAGUAGUUUGAAUUUUAAUUUUCCCUCCGUUUCUCAUUUGGCCAGAGGGAAUCAAUUAGUCCAAGUUUGGAAUCUCUACCAUCUUUGAAACUUGGAUAUUCACAGAGAGCAAACAGCCCUUCAUGCAGAAGGUCCCAGCUGAAGGAUGUAAAUGGGGAACUGCAGGGAACACCAUUUAUUUACACUGCUUUGGAAACACAAAAGGUUGAGCUGACCCUCCUAUGAUUCAAAUCUGAGUUUACAGCGUCAUUCAUCAUCUCAGAAUGGGUUUGUUCCAGUCUCCUUGAACAAAACUAUUUUCUCCUCACAUUUCCUGCAUGGAAUUGGCUGAAUUUCAAUUCCAAGGUGUACUGUACAAAGAACAGUUUUGGAGUGAAAGAUGUCAAGCUGGCAAAAAUUGAAAAUUAGAUUGGAAUAAAAUCUAAUUCUUUUAAUAUAGCAAGUGUUUAGUUUUGCCUUUGUAAUACAAUUUGAAGUCACAUAGCAGUCAUGUUUCUUGGCUGUGGAGGUAAGUUUUGUCUCCAGCUGGAUGAAAUAAAGGAUUUUAACAAGAAAUUAUGCAACAAAUAGGUAGAACUUGUGUCACAUACAGCAAGAAAAUACUUGUCACCUCUGAGCACGGAAUAUUUGUUGGUGGCAGGGAGAUCAUUUGUAACCAACUUGCUGGGUGACCCCUGCUUGAUUUUUGUCAUGUGCUAAAACCCACCUUUCAUUGUACCAGGUGAUCUUAUCAGCGACCUAACAAGAGUAGGAACCAAAAACCUUCCAGUGCUGGGAUUUUGUUAAACCUCCUUUUUUAGCAUCUGGAGACGGUGAGGGGUGACGGGGGGCGCUGGGGGCACAAGCAUCCUCCUGUCAGAAAAAUGAUUCUGCCAGCUUCUCCUUUCCGCUGGGCUUCCCGCCGCAGGCUCCAGGUGUAGCAGCGGGAUCUGGAAGAGGCGCUUCCCUCCCGCAUUCGGGCGGCGGGAGGGGAGGCGCUCCGGCCGCUCAGUGACGGAUGAUGCAAAUCCCCGCGGAGCGCGGAACCGAUCGGGGCGGCGGGAGAGGAGCGCGGCUCACCCCGAACCAGCCUCGGCUCCUCGCCAGCAUCCCCACGGCCGGAAUGACAUCAGAGCGGCUCCGAGCCCUCGCAAAUCCGCGGGGCGAGUAGCGGCAGGAACCGGCGCUGCCGCCGAGAUCCGCGGCGGGCGGAGGCGGACUCCUGACUCCGGCGGCUCCCGGAGCUCCGCAGCCUUUCUGCCGGAGCCCGGCGGCAUCCCCGCUCCGAGAAGGAAGCUGCGCUGGGAACGGCGUGCUCAGCAGAGGUGUGCAUCGCUGCGGCUGGCUGCUCGCUCCGGGAGGACAGGCUGGGUACAAACGGGAUGUGACUGUGCCGCUGGAAUUCAGUGACGGGAGCCGGAGCAGAGGAGCCUUCCUGGGAUGCCGCUGACAGCUGUUGGCAACUGCAAACUCUGCCUGCUUUACCUGGAGCCCGUGAAGAAAUUUUCCUGCUGCACGCCAGGAAGAGAAAUUCUUCUCUAGAUAAUGUUAAGAGCCCUCUUCAUUGAUUAUUGGCAGCUGCUGCUUUCUGAGAAAACUUCUUUCAAUUUGUCUUUGCUUUGACUUCCCGCUCCGACAGCCUUACAGCCUCCCCGAACGCUUCAUAAAUGCACUGCAAUGGUCACAUGAACAUCUUGGAAGGGGAACCUCUGCAACUCCUCGUUCCCAUGGCACUUUAGGAAGAGCACCCGGCAAAGCGGCAAGUCCAGCAGGAGCUGGAAGCCCCGUGAAAGAUGAAUCUCAUCGGGAAGCUCCGCAGAAGCUUCCGAACGCUGAUCGUUCUCCUGGCCACCUUCUGCUUGGCCAGUAUUGUCAUCUCUGCCUAUUUCCUCUACACUGGCUACAAGCAGGAAAUGGCCCUCGUGGAAACCACUGGGCGAGCAGAGUGCGAGGACCUCAAACUUCUGCCCUACAGGUCUGCGGAGCUGAGAACACCUAAGCCAAUUGAUCCCUCCAGGACUGAUCCCACUGUGCUCCUGUUCGUGGAAAGCCAGUACUCCCAGCUGGGGCAAGACAUCAUAGCCAUCCUCGAGUCCAGCAAGUUUCAGUACCACAUGGUCAUUGCACCAGCCAAGGGGGACAUUCCCCCUCUCACAGACAACGGGAGAGGGAAGUACACCAUUGUUAUAUACGAGAAUAUUUUAAAGUACGUGUCCAUGGACUCAUGGAAUAGAGAGCUUCUAGAAAAAUACUGUGUGGAAUACAGUGUUAGCAUAAUUGGUUUUCAUAAAGCCAACGAGAACAGCUCCCCGAGCACCAGACUGAAAGGGCUGCCACUGCAGCUGUACAACAACGUGGCCCUCAGAGACUGCGUGGUGAACCCUCAGUCGCCCCUGCUGCGCAUCACCAAAGCGCCCAGGGUGGAGCAGGGCCCCCUGCCCGGCGAGGACUGGACGGUGUUCCAGUUCAACCAUUCCACCUACCAGCCCGUGCUCCUGAGCGAGCUGCAGCCCGCCAGGCCCACCCCGGCCACGCUGCCCAGGGCUGCUCUCUAUGCAACUGUCAUCCAGGACCUGGGCCUGCACGACGGCAUCCAGAGAGUCCUCUUUGGGAACAACCUGGCCUUCUGGCUCCACAAGCUCAUCUUCAUCGACGCCAUCUCCUUCCUGUCGGGAAAGAAGCUCACGCUCUCCUUGGAGAGGUACAUUCUGGUUGACAUCGACGACAUCUUUGUCGGGAAGGAGGGGACGAGGAUGAACAUCAACGACGUGAAGGCUUUACUAGAGACUCAAAAUUUACUGCGCACUCAGGUUGCAAAUUUUACCUUCAACCUUGGAUUUUCAGGAAAAUUUUACCACACAGGCACUGAGGAGGAGGAUGAGGGUGAUGACCUGCUGCUGAGAUCUGUGGAUGAGUUCUGGUGGUUUCCCCACAUGUGGAGUCACAUGCAGCCACACCUCUUCCACAAUGAGUCCUCGCUGGUGGAGCAGAUGAUCCUCAACAAAGAGUUUGCAAUGGAGCACGGCAUCCCCACGGGCAUGGGCUACGCGGUGGCCCCGCACCACUCCGGGGUGUACCCGGUGCACGUGCAGCUCUACGAGGCCUGGAAGAAGGUGUGGCACAUCCGUGUCACCAGCACCGAAGAGUACCCGCACCUGAAACCCGCACGGUACAGACGGGGCUUCAUCCACAAUGGCAUCAUGGUGCUCCCUCGACAGACCUGUGGCCUUUUCACUCACACUAUUUUUUACAAGGAAUAUCCUGGUGGUCCUCAGGAGCUGGACAAAAGUAUCCGAGGAGGUGAACUGUUCCUCACCAUUCUCCUGAACCCCAUCAGCAUUUUCAUGACCCACCUGUCCAACUAUGGGAACGACCGCCUGGGCCUGUACACCUUUGCCAACCUUGCCAGCUUUAUCAAGAGCUCCACAAACCUGAGGCUGCAGACGCUGCCCCCCGUGCAGCUGGCUCAGAAGUAUUUCCAGCUCUUCCCCGAGCAGACAGACCCCCUCUGGCAGAACCCGUGUGACGACAAGCGACACAGGGAUAUUUGGUCCAGAGACAAAACUUGUGACCACCUGCCCAAAUUCUUGGUGAUAGGACCCCAGAAAACAGGAACAACAGCCCUUUAUUUAUUCCUUCUGAUGCAUCCUUCCAUUAUCAGCAAUCUCCCCAGUCCAAAAACUUUUGAGGAAGUUCAAUUCUUCAAUGGCAACAACUACCACAAGGGAAUUGACUGGUACAUGGAAUUCUUCCCCACUCCUUCCAACGUCACCACAGACCUCCUCUUUGAGAAAAGUGCCAACUAUUUCCAUUCUGAGGAAGCUCCCAGGAGAGCUGCUUCCCUCAUCCCCAAGGCCAAGAUCAUCACCAUCCUCAUCGACCCGUCCGACCGCGCGUACUCCUGGUACCAGCACCAGCGCUCCCACCAGGACCCCGCUGCGCUCAGGUUCAACUUCUACCAAGUGAUCACCUGCGGGCCCUGGGCGCCGCCGCAGAUCCGGGCGCUGCAGAGGCGCUGCCUGGCACCCGGCUGGUACGCGCUGCACAUCCACAGGUGGCUCUCGCACUUCCCAGCCUCCCAGUUGCUCAUUAUUGAUGGACAGCAGCUGAGAAGUGACCCUGCUACUGUGAUGGAUGAAGUGCAGAAGUUUCUGGGAGUCUCUCCUCACUACAAUUACUCUGAAGCCCUAACGUUUGACCCUCAGAAAGGCUUCUGGUGCCAGUUACUGGAAGGAGGGAAAACAAAGUGCCUGGGGAAAAGCAAAGGUCGGAAAUACCCACCAAUGGACCAAGAGUCCCGAGCGUUCCUGUCGAGCUACUACCGGGAUCACAACGUGGAGCUGUCCAAGCUGCUGCACAGGCUGGGCCAGCCGCUGCCCUCCUGGCUGCGGCAGGAGCUGCAGAAGGUCAGGUAGCACCGGGGGCACCCGGCCAGGCGCAUUCCCCCCCGCUCCUCCGGCUCACUCGGCAUCGUCAGCACAGGACCUCACGGACCCCGCUCUUCCCAGCGAAACCAGACAAAGAGGAUAAAUAAAGAAGCCCCAACCCCAAAGCCGACAGCUGUGGGUGCGCUGGUGCUGCCCGCGGAGCUCCCAGGAAAGCGCCCCCGGCACCCCCCGCAUCCCGAACGGGGCCGCGCCGAGCCGCGUCCCGCCCUCCGCCGGGAAACUCUGCGCAGGACGGACGGACCCCGGACCGACAAAUUGCAGUCUGGCAGGACACGGGCAAAGGAUGGGAACAUCUCUCGCUGGACUGGGAGUUCAUCCUUUUAGUGUGACUGCAAAGGUGUGGACCUGCCCAUGGACUCGAUUCCUCCAUCACUCUCCUAUCUAGAAAAGCUGCCAAAAAGAAAUAAGGAAUUGCAAGCAACACAGAUUCUGAAUUGUUCAGUGCUCCAGUGACUGGAUAACUUUUAUAAGACUUACUAUGAUUUCUGCAGUAUUUCAGAACAAAGGACAUCCUGUUGAUAGAGCUGAGGAAAAACUUCACCGUCUUGCCCAAGCUCUUUUUUUUUUAAAUUUUUUUUUCCUCUCCUACGUGACGACAGCAAAUCCAGUUGAACAAACACUUAGUGUUGAAGCAGAAGGAAUUAAAAUAAAUUUUGAUCACUCAAAGUAUUUUUGUUGGGGGGGUGAGGGUGAUGAGGGAGGUCAAGGGCUGUAUUUGCUGGAAUUGUUUUAAAUAAUUGAUGUGCACACACCUGAUGGUCGGUUCUUCUCACUGCCGCAGAAUAAACACUUCUGAUGGUGCA